GUAACUCAGUAGCCAGUUAGCCCAUGGAUUUGACUUGUUCUGUGAUUGCAAGUUAGUCUUUGAAGUCCCUAAAGAAACUAGGCCAUUUCAUCUCAACCUUUGUUUUUACGGCAUUGUGCAGAGAGGGAAGAUGCUUCACCUGACAAAAGGAUGUGUGGGGUGCUUGCUUUCCAGGCGACCAGUUUUGGCACUGACCAACAGUGGUGCAAGGAUGUCAAGCCAUGACCACCACGUGGUCUCCAACAACUUGGACAUGUCCCAGCCAAUGUACUCGGAUCGUCUGGACACCCCUCUGCCAGACAGACCAUGGAAGGAUGUCCUCGACUCUACGGAUAAGAGCCUGAAACAGAAGGAGAAGGGUCCCUGGACUGCGCUGUCCAAGGAGGAGAAAAUCACCUUGUACAGGCUGAAGUUCAACCACACCUAUCCUGAGAUGAAGAGGCCGUCCCAUGAGUGGAAGACUGUGAUUGGUGGGAUGUUCAUCUUCUUUGGCAUCACUGGUCUGGUGGUCUUUUGGCAGUGCCACUAUGUGUACCCACCCCAACCUCAUACCUUUGGUGAGGAGUGGCAGGCUAAGCAGAUCCAGAGGAUGCUGGAUAUGCGGAUCAACCCAAUCGAGGGCUUCUCUGCCCAGUGGGACUACAAGAACAAACAAUGGAAGUAAAGGAAGGGAAUAGACCACUGGCUGAAGGAGGAAUGGUUCGACUUGACACCUUGAGCCUCUGUUCAGCCGCCAUAAUGGCAAUCCAUCCAUUCUCUUACGGUUGAAGUAAUAAAUGACUAAACUGGUUUCCUUCGUUCUCCAUCUGAGAAAACAGUAUAUGGGCUGCUUGUCCUCAACCUAAUUUCUGCUUUAGUGUUCCUGUGGUCGUCUGUCUGAUUUGGCCGUAAGUGAAUGUGUCAGGACCAACAACAAAAACAGCCUACAUUUGUUUUAUCCCCUUGCUGAAACGCUCUAGAGGAAUUUCUACACAAAUGGUAACUGUUCAAAGUAUCACUGUGUACACAGACUCCUUGUGCCUUUCUUUCCUUUCCUAAUAUCAGUUAACAUUGCAAAGAAUGUUAGUUUUGUAGAAAUAAAAAAAUCAGUGUUC